AUGGUAACGCGAGUUCGUAAAUUGGAAUCGAUUCAACAGACUGUUAUCUGUUGUAGUCAAGAUAUUGAGAUUUGUCCAAAAAAUCACACUGACAACAUUGAUGAACAGUCCAGCAAUUUCAUGAAUUCGGAAAGUUCACGAACUGAAACUUGUUUGUCCCACAGAGAGUACGGACGUGUUAUGUUGGGCUCCGCACUUCAACGGUCUAUGGGACAAGUUCCCAAUGCUUUGCGUUUCUUUUCUGUUUCCUCAACUAGGUACGCUUUAAGCGUACAAUCCAUCGAUGUACCGGAUAGGCACCACAUUGAUAAUGGGUUCACGGAACCCCGAAUUCGAACAGAAAUUCCAGGACCACGCACUAAAGCUCUAAAACUACGAAACAGCAAAAUUCACAACUCAGAAGCAGUUGUGCUGUAUUGUAAUUUUAGUGACAGCAAAGGCAACUAUGUUGUGGAUGCUGACGGCAAUGUUUUGUUGGAUUGUUUCCAACAAAUAUCCUCAUUGCCACUUGGAUAUAAUCACGAAGAAAUAAUUAAGGUAUGCACGGAUAAAAAUUUAGUGACAAAACUUGUCAAUCGUCCUUCGCUGUUCACUUUUCCGUCUGAGGAUUAUCCAGCCAUGAUUGAAAACACGCUACUUUCUGUAGCACCAAGGGGUUUGGAAAAUGUCAUAACAAUGGGGUGUGGUUCGUGCUCUAACGAAAACGCCUUUAAGGCGGUGUUUAUGUCACAUCAGCGUAAGUUGCGAGGCGAACUCCCGCUUUUAACUGAAGAAAACAUUGCUUCCACAAUGCAAAACAAGGCACCAGGUAGUCCACACCUAUCAAUUUUAUCUUUUGGGGGUGGGUUUCACGGAAGGACCAUUGGAUGUUUGUCGGCUACGCACAGUAAAGCCGUUCACAAAAUCGACAUACCGGCUUUUGACUGGCCAGUCGCGGACUUUCCGUCACUUAAAUACCCCCUUGAAGAUUUUAAGCGUGAAAAUGAGCUAGAAGAACGCCGCUGUCUUGAAAUGGUCGAGUCAAAAAUAGAAAUGUGGAAAUCUAAAGCUCCUGUCGCGGGACUGAUUAUCGAGCCUAUACAGGCGGAGGGCGGAGACAGACACGCAUCUGAUGAUUUUUUUCGACAACUGCGAGCAAUCGCCCAGAAAAAUGACGUUGCUUUUAUAUGCGACGAAGUACAAACGGGCAUGUGGGCUACCGGAAGAUUUUGGGCUCAUGAUCAUUGGGGACUCGAUGUCGCUCCCGACAUCGUUACAUUUUCAAAACGAAUGCUAACAGGUGGCUUUUUUUUCAAUAAAUCUCUCGGUUGGGAUGAGCCAUACCGCAUUUGCAACACGUGGAUGGGUGACCCCACUAAAUUUGUGCUGCUUGGAACCACAAUGAGGGUGAUGAUGCAAGACAAAUUGCCUGAGAGCAUGAAACAAGCCGGGCGUUAUCUCUUGGAAGGUCUGUUAGACAUCGAAGCGAGACAUCGUGGUUUUGUGAGAAAUUCUCGAGGACGUGGCAUUAUCUGCGCCGCCGAUUUCCCAGACACCGCCACUAGAGACAAAGUGCAUCGUGCAAUGCUUUCCAAUGGUGUAGUGGUGGGUAGCUGUGGCAGUGAAACCAUCCGAUUCCGACCUUGCAUGCUUUUUAGAACAAGGCAUGCGGAUAUUCUGCUGGAAACUCUGGAAAAUGUCAUUAAAGAAGUAAAAUCUCAGUAA